AUGGACAAUAAUGGAUCUCUCUAUGGCGUUGAUGAAAAACAUUACGCAGUGAGACGAUAUCAAAUUGGUGACACUGAAGGGGCAGUAGUUGGAGGUGGCAAUGGAAAAAGAAAUCGUCUCGAUCAACUCUCUAGUCCUCAAUUAGUAUUUGUCGAUCGCCAUCAUCCAGUGUACGUGUCUGAUUUACGGAAUCAUCGUGUGAUGAAAUGGGAAGAAGGUGCAAAACAAGGCAUUGUCGUAGCCAGUGGUCAAGGACAAGGAAAUAGUCUUACACAAUUGUCUGUUUCUCUAGGAGUCUUUGUUGAUCAAUUAGGCACUGUCUAUGUGGCUGAUCGAGGGAAUGAUCGUAUUAUGCGUUGGCCAACAGAAGCCACACAGGAAAGUGUCAUUAUUGGUGAAAAUGGUACUGGAGCGCAGUCAAAUCAAUUCAGCAAUCCCAUCGAUUUAGCAUUCGACCGUCAUGGCAGUCUCUAUGUCACCGAUCUAAACAAUAAUCGUGUCCAGCGUUUUUCUAUCCUAUGA